GUAUAGAUAGCGGCCCCUCCUCGCCGCCCCCUCACUCCGUCUCUCUCCGCACACACAGACACAGCACCCAGCGCCGCGCGCCAUGGCUCUCUAGCCCUGCCCGACCCCGGACUAGCGUGCGCAGCGCCGCGCCGCCACCCCCCGCCGCCACCAUGGAGUCUUCCUGCUCUGCCCCCAUCUCCUUACCUGCCACCAUUCUUGCCAGCAGGAAUCGCGGCCCCUGCCCAUCACGCUCUGGCCCCCUGCCCUAUUGCGCUGCGGCCUGCGUGAACCCGCACCUGCCCUACCAUGUCAAUGCUGGCAGUGCUGUCCCUGGACCUGGAGAAGACUCCGCUCCCAGCUAGUGCCCUCUCCUGGAGGGCCGAGUUCCUCAAGAUCCCUGGCCACUAUGAGUCCAUGCCAGGGGCCACGGAUGGGCGCUAUGCCCAUGGCACAGAGGCAAUGAUGCUGGCAGGCGAUGGCUUCUCAGACUGGAUGACGGAGAGGGUGGACUUCUCCUCUCUCCUGAUGGAGUCGGGGGACCCAUCGCUGCCCUCACCCCCGCUGCCCGACCUGGAGGCCAUGGCCUCCCUCCUGAAGAAAGAGCUGGAGCAGAUGGAGGACUACUUCCUGGAGGAGUCGCUGUCCCCUGGGCUGGGCUUGGACCAGGUGGCCCCCAGCACACCACCUUCACACCAGCCUGCCUUCCCCUUCCCCUUUGGGGAUGAGAGCGGGCCAGCAGGAUCCUUCCCACCCUUUGGCUCUGACAAUCCCACACCACUGCAGACCCUUGACUCGGGCUGCCUGGAGCUCCUCAACCUGUAUGGGGCAGGGGUGCCUGGGGAGUGCCCUGGCCAGGGCCUGCUGGAGGAGUGUGCCAGUAGCCCAGCAGCCAAGCGCAGCAGGCCAAGCCCCUUGGAGCAGCCAGCAGCCCCCUGUGGGCCAGCCUUGCCCCAGCAAAAGGGGGACCGUAAACAAAAGAAGCGGGACCAGAACAAAACAGCAGCACUGCGGUACCGGCAGCGGAAGCGGGCUGAGUACGAGGCACUGGAUGAUGAGUGCCAGGGCCUGGAGGCCAGGAACCGUGAGCUCAAGGAGAAGGCAGACUCCAUUGAGCGAGAGAUCCAGUAUGUCAAGGACCUGCUCAUUGAAGUCUACAAGGCCCGGAGCCAGAGGCUCCGGGCCAGCUAGGGCAAGGGUCACCUAGCCCAAACUCCAUCCCAGGUCUAGAGCAUGACCUGCAAGUCAAAGGGGGAGGGGCUCUGACAGAUACAGAGCUUCAGGCCUGGCCUCCAGGCAUGGAGCACAAUACACCUUAAUGCAGUAGAGGGGGGUACAGGGGAUAGUGAGCUAGACAAUGCUCUGUCUGGGUUAGAGACGUGGGGAAGGCUGGGUGGCACUGACCUGUGAGGGAGACCAGGCUGCCAGGCAUGUCAGCUCUCCAAGCACCAGCAUUGCCUGUGCCAGCCUGCCCUGCCUCCAGGGAGGGAUGUUGGGGGAAGGGGGCUGGAGUGAAACAAUGGCAGGAGAGGGGUGCUGCUGUGGCAGAGAAGGGAUGUGUAAGAAAGGUGUGGGGUAGGGGUGCUGGGGAGAUACAGUGAGGGUGCAUGUGAGACAGGCAGAGUCAUGUACAAAACCAUUUGUAUAGAUUUUUCUGUAGCUUUCUUUAUAGAGCAUAAAAGCCAAUAAAGACUAUUCCUGCA